UUCCUCCUUCUUUGCUUAGUUUGCUGUCGAUACUCUCUAUACUUUGCUGUGGAGGCAUGAGCCUCUUGUUGGACCUUGUUGGGUACAUUUAGAUUCAAAGCAGCUAAAUCACAGGUGGUACCAUCUAACACUGCAACAGUCAUGCCCCAGCUCACUGUCUCUAUUCUGGAAUAUUUUAUGGUCUGGGAUCCUUGAGCCGCACAAGGAAAUGUCAAAGUUCAGGUUCUGUAGGAGCGUAUAGAGACUUCCCUGUUCCCUCAGUACAUUGCUCCUCCGUUGUGUGUGUUUGUCUCCUUUGGUUUAUCUAGAACCGUCCGUGUUAUUUGUCAAGAUAAAUUUAGUGACUAAAUGUCAGUGAAGUCUGUGGGCCAAUAGAUUAAUGAUGAGGGGCUAGCCCAAAUAUGAAGGUUUGGAGCAGUGGAUAGUGGGGUCCAGCCUGAAGACCAGAUAAGGGAAAACUAAGAGAGAAUGCCUAUUUGCACUAGGUUGGAGAACUUGGAUCGUUGGUGAAUGGAAAGGGAUAUAUAUGGCGACAUGGCUGACCAGCAUAUCCCUGUAGGUCAAGGUGUCCAGAUCCGUUUUAUUGGCGACCUGAAAGAAAAUGGAAAGCCCAGGGGCAAGCGAUCCAAACAGGAUUCCUAUGGGGUGGCCGUUCGGGUUCAAGGGAUAGACGGGCAGCCCUUUGUGGUGUUAAAUAGUGGGGACAAAGCCAAGUCUUCUUAUGGAGUACAGAUCAAAUCACAGGAAUCUUAUUUAAAUGCUUCCAAUACAAGCCCACCCAACUACCAGAACUACUCAUCAAAGCCCAGGGGGACCAGCAGAUCCAUAAGCUCAGAAUCAGAACUGGCAGAGAACCCAUAUGGAAGUAGAGGCUACAGACCAAGCAGCUCCCAUUAUAGCAGCACUUCUGAUGAAGAGCAGAUAGCCAAACCAAGUGGCAACUUUAGAGGAAGCGAUGGCUUGUCCUCUCUACCUCGACCCUUACAGGCAUCCCGCAGGGAGGAACUUAGACGCUCCCAGUCGCACAGUUCUUUGCUUGAACCUGAGGUUGAGGAGUCCUACGACUAUGAACGCCAUUAUAGUGAGCGCUCGUCCACCCUUGACACCACUUACUCCCAGUCCUCCAGAGACUCGGCAUGGAGUCGCAGCAGCCAGAAGAAGAAAGACAAUGGUGAGUACCCAUCACUUGGCUAUAGGUCUGCAACCUCUCAGCAAUCUACCUCCAUCAGCAACAAGACAAAUAAAAAAGGACUUUCCACCUCCUCGCCCUCAAACCAGUCCAACGAGGACAUUGACACCGAACCCCUGUCCUCUGUGGAUUCUCUGAUCAACAAGUUUGAUAUUAAGGGGCAGGUGCGAGGCAGGACAGCAAGACGGAGCCAAGCUCUUAAGGAGGAGCGGAAACGAUCUCAAAGCUUGGAUGGGCGCAAGAAUUACCAGGACACUGUUGACUCCAGAGAAAUAAGCCUCCAGCAACAAAAUAAGGUGCAGACAAGGAAGGAACCUGUCAACACUGGUAACAGACAGUCCCUGGAACGUGGGGAUAUCAACAAGACCAGACUGACCAAAGAGUGGUUGGAACAGGGUGGAGAAGAGCCGGUGAUUCUCAAACAGCAAAGAACUGUCCACAGUGAAUUCCAGCUGAAAAGUACCCCAGAUCUUCUGAGGGAUCAGCAGCCCGAUGCCAGUGACCACACUCAAGAGAUGAUCUUCAGCAUUCUUAAAGAAGGCUCCACAGAGAAUGAGAAUACCCUGAGGAAAAAGACAAGUAUCCUACUGGAGAAUUUUCCUUCUUUACAACUGCAGGCCCAGCCGGGAGUGGACACCGUGUCCCUUGGAUUUCAGAAGAAAGAACUGGAGCGGAAAGUGUCAAAACUGCAGAGACAACUGGACGAUGAGAUGAAGCAAAGGAUGAAGUUGGAAACCUCUCAGGGGCGCCCCAAGGCCGGCAUGCAGAGGCUGGAGAUCGAGCUAGAGGAGAGCAAGGAGGAGUGCAGUCGGCUGAAGGAACUCUAUGAAAAGAAGAAGAAUGAGCUGAACGUUGUGUCUCAGGAACUCAUGGAAGUGAGAAUGGGCAAGGAGCAGGUGGAGACCAAGCUCAGGGCCAUAGAGGAUAAACUUAUGGAUUCCAAGGAAGAGUUGUCCCACCUACGGGCAAAGGGUGGCAGCUCCCCUGACAAACUGGCUUUAUUAAAGGAGCUGGAGGAGGUCCAAGACGAGCUGGAUGAGGUCCUACAGAUCCGCCAGAAGCAGGAAGAGCUGCUGCACCAAAAGGACCGGGAGCUGACUGCCCUGAAGGGGGCGCUGAAAGAUGAGGUGGCCACUCACGACAAAGACUUGGACCGGGUGAGAGAGCAGUACCAGAAUGAUAUGCAGCAGCUGCGAAAGAACAUGGACAAUGUCUCUCAGGACCAACUCAGCCUGGAGUCGGAACGGCAGAAAAUCAACCAGGUGGUGCGGAACCUGCAGCGAGAGCUGGAAGAGAGCAGCGACGAGAUCAACCAAUGGAAAGAGAUGUUCCAGAAGAACAAGGAGGAGCUGCGCAGCACAAAGCAGGACCUCUUGCAGAUGAAGCUGGAGAAAGAGGAGUCUGAGGAUGAGCUGAAAGAGACCCAAGAUCGCUUCUCCUUAUUGCAGUCAGAGCUGGAGCAGGUCAAGAAGGGAUCUGUCGAUCCGGGGGAAGUGGCCGGUGUUAAAAAAGAGCUGCAGCGGGUUCAGGAUCAGCUGAGACAACUCUCCAUGGACAAGCAGAAGGUGGAAGAGAACCUGCACCAGCGCCAGAGGGAACUGUCUGCUCUGAAAGGGGCACUUAAGGAAGAAGUGUCAGUGCGGGACCGCGAGACAGACAGACUGAGGGAGCACUUGCAGUCAGAGGUGACGCAGGUCAAGAAAGAGAAUGAAGGUCUUGCCAAGGAAUCUCAGCGCAUUCAGGAUCAGAUGAAACAGGUGUUGCUGGAAAAGCAGAGACACGAGGACACUGUCCACCAGAGAGAGAGGGAGCUCUCAGCGCUGAAGGGGGCCCUGAAAGAUGAGGUGUCUGGCCGAGACCGUGAGACGGAGAGACUGAGGGAGCGGUUGGAGCAGGAUACUCUAAAGAUUAAGAGAAGCUACGAAGAGCUGGUCAAGAUCAACAAGAGGCUGGAGAAUGAGAAGGCAGACUUGGAGCUCGUGAGGCAAGUGAUCGAGAACAACCUGCAGGAGUCCCGGGAAGAGAAUGACGAUCUCAGGAGGAAGAUCUUGGGGUUGGAGGCACAGCUGAAGGAAACCAACACAUUCUGUGAUGAUCUCCAGCGGGCAGAGUCUCGGCUGAAAGACAAGAUCAAUAAACUGGAGUCUGAACGCAAGAGAAUGGAGGACAGUCUGGGUGACGCUGCGGAUCAGGAGCAGGAAUUGGCUUUUGUGAAACGUGACCUGGAGAAUCGAUUGGAGGAGGCUCAGCGCAGCCUGAAACGUCUCUCCCUGGAGUAUGAGGAGCUGCAGGAAUGCUACCAGGAGGAGAUGAAGCAGAAGGACCAUCUUAAGAAAACCAAGAAUGAGUUGGAGGAGCAGAAGCGACUUCUGGACAAGUCCAUGGAUAAACUAACCAGAGAGCUGGAUAACAUGUCCAACGAGUCACGGGGAUCCCUGCAGGUGCUGCAGACCCAGCUGGAAGAAUACAGGGAGAAAUCUCGGAGAGACAUUGGAGAGGCCCAGAAACAGGUUAAGGAGAAAACAGCCGAGGCUGAUAGACACCAGUUCAACUCCAGCCGGAUGCAGGAAGAGGUACAGAAGCUGAAAUUGGCUCUACAAGAGCUCCAGGUGGAGAAGGAGACGGUGGAGCUGGACAAACAGAUGAUGAGCCAGAGGCUACAGAGCCUGGAGCAGGACACAGAGUCCAAGAAACGAGUCCAGGACGACCGCUCACGACAAGUGAAAGUUCUAGAGGACAAGCUGAAGCGCAUGGAGGCUGAGCUGGACGAGGAGAAGAACACGGUGGAGCUUCUGAGUGAAAGAGUUAAUAGGAGCCGAGACCAGAUGGAGCAGCAGAGAGCUGAACUGAACCAGGAGAGAGUCCGGGGACAGGAUCUGGAGUGUGACAAGAUUUCUCUGGAGAGACAGAACAAAGAGCUGAGAAACCGCUUGGCCGGCAUGGAGGGGCAGCAGAGACCCAGCGUCAAUGUGUCCCACCUGGAAGCAAAACUACAGGAGACCCAGGAGCGGCUGCAGUCGGAGGAGAGGGAAAAGGCCACUCUACAGUCUACAACCCGCAAACUGGAGAGGAAACUGAAGGAGCUAAAUAUCCAGUUAGAGGAUGAGAGGCUCCAAGUUAAUGACCAGAAAGACCAGUUGAACCUGAGAGUUAAAGCCCUGAAGCGGCAGGUGGAUGAGGCAGAGGAAGACAUUGAGCGGCUGGAGGGUCUCCGGAAGAAAGCCGUGCGUGAGAUGGAGGAGCAGCAGGAGAUCAAUGAGCAGCUACAGACCCGGCUUAAAGCUAUGGAGAAAGAGUCCAAGCGCAAACCCAUCCGACCAGCCCACGAUGACGACCUGAGCUCAGACGGAGAGUUUGGGGGCUCCUAUGACCCCAGCUCCAUCACCUCACUGCUCACAGAGAGUAACCUGCAGACCAGCUCAUGUUGAGGCACUGCCCACCCUCGCAAAGACUCUUAACGCAAAGACUCUAACGCAAAGACUCUAACGCAAAGACUCUAACGGAAAGGACUGUAACGGAAAAGACUCUAACGCCCUUUGGCCGGCAAAAGAACCCCCCAAAUGCAUCCAACCCCUUCCAGACUGAGGGUACAGAUGUAAAUACGGUGUAGCUCUUCAUACGCUACAUACUGGGGGUGCUACGCAGAGCUUCUUGGGGCCCCCUGCUGGUACUGACCUGUUACUUUCACUCCCUGCCUGGGCUCAGUACAAACAGGAGUCUGAUGUUGGCAGUUGCUGGUGGGCAGUUUGGGGGGCUCACAAGGAGAUGCACAAAUACCAGUCCCAGGACAGUGGAAUUCUGUUCCCCCCCUGUCUGUGGGGAGCCCCUCUUUGCCUUAAGGAGGAUCAUUAGGUGCUGUACCCCAACUGUUUCUGUCUCACUGCCAAUAGCCCAGCAGUAGGCCUGUGUCACACAGCUUGCACUCUGACGUUCACUGGAAGCCAUGUUGCCUGCAAACAUAAUCGGGGGGUUGCCGGAGUUGGGGGGCCAGUGACAGUGGCUGUGUCUCAUGAUGUCAUAUGUCCAAAACCAGUGAAUGUGAGAGGCUGGAUUUCCUGGGGUGCAUUUAUUCUAUAUAUUCAUUAUAUUCAUGGCUUUAUAUUCAGUACCAGGUGCCAGUGUUGGAAGGGGAAUGGUUAAUCUAUAGGAGCAGACCCAUGUCAGUUGGUUCUGGUUGCACCCAUUAUUGGGGAGGGGGGGUUCCUGUGGAAUGUCGCACCCACUCUCAGGAAUGUAACUGAACCUUUUAUAAGCGCAAUCUUUUAUUCUCAGUCACGUAACGACCCGACCCGGGGAACCAGCACAUUUAUAUGAAGAUCAUGCACUUCUAUUUGUAUAUUGUUUUCUACUGAUUUCUAUUGGAUCUCUGUAUAAUGCAUCGACUAUAUGUUAAUAAACCUACUCUGAUUGGC